AUGGUCCAGCCCGUCCAAGAUCUGCCCGGCCUGCCCCACCACCACUACUGCACGACAUGCGGGUACCUCCCUCACCCCUCCCCACUCAUCAACGAGAAGCCGAAGCCCGUGCGGAAGGAUUCAGAGCCUCACGAGAAGUUGGCCAUCGUUCUGAAUAGCAUCCUUGACGAUGUACACUGGAGUUUGGGCGGGUUUCUCCACGCUGUAUUCUCGAUGUUCGGGCGCAAUGCACAUCGUACCCAGCGUCACGCUCAGGUUGUGUCGAGGUUCCUGAAAGGGAAGGAUAAGGAUCCAAAUGGUACGCCAGAAAGCAUCCUCGACCUGUGGAUGCGCCAUUCGGAUGGGCGAUCGUCAAGUCCCCGAUGGCCCCUCCCACCAAAAUCUGAGACUGCGGCGGACCCGGUGCGGGUUGCACUUAUGCGGUUCGCCGUACACCUCGUGGAGAAGACACUCGUUAGCGAGGCUGAACAGGCUAUUAAGCCUCAAAACGGCUUGCACGCUUCACGGAAGCUGCGGAAGAGUGACAAUCCUACGGACGCCUCCGAAGUUCAGUGGGCCGACAUAGGUGCAACAACCCUCGCAUCUGUAUCAGCUAUCACAAAGACCCAACAGCCGCUGCUCUGGGAGCUUCUGCUCUCCAUUGCGGAGCGUGCACCUGGUGCCAAGAGCGUCACGGACGCAGAUGACGCUCGUCGGAAUCGUCCCGCAGAGCUGGUGGUAUGCAACGUGAUCACGACCCUCGACUUCUCGCGCUCCAAUCGUGCCAACCUCGCUCCUCUCUCCUUCGGUUUCCUCGAGUUUGCCUUCUCAACACCGUCAGACAUCUACCCCUACCAGUCCCGUCUUGGCAUCACCCCGACAUACUCAACCAUCCGACGAACAUUUGCGAGAGUGGGUGUGCUCACUCUCCUGCGCAUUCUCAUCAACCGUAUCCCUGAGCUCAAAAAGUACAAGACCAACGUCUCAACAGGCUAUCACACUCAGGCAAAGAAGAUACCGCUCGAUCCGGUCGCGUCACCACUGCACCCGCUUGGAACGAGCGCGAAGAACGAGACUGUCACGCGUGAGCUGAAGGACGCGCUGGAAGAUUUCCUAGGUCAAAUCGUGCAGCUGAAGAACUAUCUUCGGUUCCACGACAACCCAUUCGAGAGCUUCCAGCUCAUCAAACCUGUUCUCGCUCCGUGGCACACUGCAUGGACCGACCUCAGCCGUAUCUUCAGCGCACACUGGGACAGCCUCGUAUCACGUGAUCCUUCCAAGCUCGGCUUCGGAGCUGCAAAGCUCCAUCGGCGCCCCCCAUCGAAUCUCAAGAAACCUGACUUCAAUCAGGCACUUGAGAUUGUGGAAACAGUGCAUGAUGCACACAUCCUCGACUGCUUCCGAACCGCACUCCGCAUCAAGCUUGCACACCGUCUCUCCCUCUUCCCCUACACCCUCCUCCAGUAUCUUGGCUCCUGA